CUGCCUUGAUUACCUCAGUAAUACUCGUCGCAUCAUGAAAAUCACUAUUAAUCAUUGCUUUUAAUUUUUUUGGUCGUAGUUUGGCGCACGACUCAGAAUCAACACUGGGUAUUACAAAAAGUGCAAUAUUGUGUUUUAUCGUUGUGUGUAAAAUACUUUAGAUGAUUUCAAAAAUAUACAUCUUUAAGUGGGUCCUUUUCCAAUAUGAAACCCAUGCUACGGUUGUGUAUACAUAACAUGUAUCUCAACAUGAUGAGAUUUAUUUUCAGAGACACAAGGUUAUUUCGCGGUGUGUGUUAUUAAAUUUGUGAAGGAUUUCCGAGCGCGCGUGUGAUCCAAACAGCUGGGAAUGAAGAUGCAGGGAAAUGAGAGGAUUUAAGGCUUGUGUGUCCAGGAGAGGAGGACAGACAAGGCCUCGGUUAUGACCAUUGCAGUCUGCCAGUUGCCUUCGUCGUAGGAAGCGCCGGAUGCGUCUGCUCGGCCCAGAGAAAGGACACAAAGGCCGAGCUUUAUUGGUGAUAUUUAGCUGAGACAGCCAGGUUGUAACCUGAAGAAAAACAACCCAAUUGCCCGUGAUAAAAGGGGACCGUUAUAUAGCACCCAAAUAACCUCACCCCACUUUCCGUUUUAGAUUGCCUUCAAAGUGGAGCCUCAGCCCUGCAGACGCAGCAUUGUGCAUCUUGGAAACUGGCCCUUAAUAUGUUUAGAUAUGGUAAAAACCCAGAGGUCCUUUAAACACGUCUUUGCAGCCAAGAAAAAAAAAACCCCACCAAAUUUUCUUUACAAAGUAAGAUUUUCAUAGAAGGAGAUGAUUAAAUUAUCACAGGCUGACUUUUUCAAUACGAUCAUUACAUCACAACUAUGUUCGUUUACACCAACAUCAGAUCUCGUGGCAAAAUAUUUCACGUUUAUUGCUUAUAAAACGAAAAUAUUUCCCAAUAAAGACGCGGGGAUUUGCUAUUAAAAUGUGGUGGGGGAAAAUGGUGGCCAUUUAGUUGAGCAGCAGGCUGAUUUAUUAUUUAUUGUUCUGUCCCACGGUCACGUGUUCGGGGCGCCCUAUCCAGUCUUGGGCAAGGUUCAACUUGCUCGAUGCAUUGAGCUCCAAGCUGGUGCAGGAACGCAGCGCAUUAUACCAUGCAAUGAAUCUUUUUUUUUUUUUUUUUUUUUUUUUUGGGCUAAAGGUUGUAUAGGACUGUAACACGUUCUGUUUUGCUUUUGCAUUAUUCUUUUUUUUGGCAAUGUCGGCGUUGGGGACGAGUUACUACGUCGACUCGCGUGUUCUUCCCGAGCAGGAAGAUAUGGCACCGAGGUUCUCAUCAGCCGCAGGGGUGGAGCAGGCGGUGCUCACCGAAUAUGGCGGACAGGAGUCUUGUCCUCUGCAGGCGAAAUCUUCUAUUUUCGGCGGAUCUUGGAGUCCCAUGUCGGCCCACCCUCCGAACACGGCGGCGCCGACCUACAUACAUCACCACCACUACGCGAGCGGGGACAGCGAUGGCAUGUUUACGCGCUCCUGGGCGAUGGACCCGGUCUCCGCGUCCCUGUGUUUAACGGGAUUACCGUCGGCGGCCAUGCACUAUGAGAUCAAACCCGAGCCUCUGAUUGGGAGCGCCGAAUGCACAACUUUGGAGGCGCACACACCUCUUUUGUCUGACAUUGAAAACGGAGCGUCCCUGACGGAGAUUCCCUGCGAAACCACAUCCGCGUCUAAAGCCGCCGACGACAGGCCGUCAGCAGAGGACAAGAGGCAGAUAGACGCAAAUGACCCGUCGUCCAACUGGCUUCACGCGAAGCCCACCAGAAAAAAACGCUGUCCGUACACAAAGCACCAGAUCCUCGAACUGGAAAAGGAGUUUCUGUUUAACAUGUACCUGCCGCGGGACCGCAGGUACGAGAUAGCGCGGGUGCUGAGUUUGACCGAGAGGCAGGUGAAAAUCUGGUUUCAGAACCGCAGGAUGAAGAUGAAGAAGGAAAACAAAGACCGGCGGAGAGACAGUUAACGUGUCUGUGAACUGACGGUGGAGUAGAGUCAGGGGGGGGGGGGGGGGGCUCUGUCCUUAAUAUUCCUGAGCUGUUAGACAUAUUGUUGUUGACUUUGUGUUGUGCUGGAUGUUUUGUUUCGGUUGUUUUUCGACGAUCUCCAGUGUUUGGUGUUUGUGAGGGGACACCGUGUCUCGUCAGAGUUUAUAGAUGUCGUCGUAUAUCUGGCGCACACAGAUAGUGAACUGUAGGCCCUUUGUUAUCUGCAUGGAAUUCAUCCUUGACGUUACCUGAAUGUCGUUACGCUAUAGGCUACCUAUUUUUUUGUAUUAUUUUUUAUUUUUUGCAUUGUUUAACUUAUUGUUUUUGCAACUUUAGAUGUUUUAAUCCAUUUGUGAAAAGAAAAAAACACUGUGCACAUACUUAAAAUACCUCGUCGCUCUUGGUUUCGUCCCAAAAUAAAGAGUAGUUUGUGUAGCAAAUUAAUUCUCAUUAAUUCGUCAACGCCUAUUUGCUUAAUAUUAAGACAAAGGGUGUAAUUUCUGACAUAUUUUUACAAAAAAACAUAAACCCAUCAAACAGUACAACUUGUUUAAUUUUCUGCACUUUUCAACCUUUUUAAAACUAUUAUGGACACGAUUAACAUUUUUACUUCUGCCAUCGAAAAUUAAUUUAAACUGCAAAAAAAGUUUUACCACAGGAAGAAAGAAAAAAAAGAUUAAAGUCUUUUACUACGUCAGCUGGUUUGUAACUACUGAGCUUUAUGGCGCCAACAAACCAAAUGAGCCACAAAAACCUCCCAAGGCCUGUCCAGACUUUUUUCCCCCCUUCAGAAAUGCUUUUGUCAACUCUACUGCACUUCUAACAAUAAUAAAAUAACAUUUAAAAAAACAAUUUAAAUUAAAUAAUUAUUUAAGAGCUACAUAAGUAAUACAUCAUAAUAAUUUAAACGAGAGAGAAAUGUAUGAUUUAAAAUUGGACAAUGCUAUUUAAAGACUUCACGCUGCCUGUUUUACAGAACAUUGAAUGUAAAUAUGAAACACAUGAAUAAGCACUGGUUCCUUCAAGAUAAACACAUUUUUUUCUCCAGAAAUGACAGGAAAGUCAGGAAGCGGUGCAGGGGACAUUUAGAUUGACAGCCAAACACAUUUGAGCCCACAUGUAUGGAUUAUUUUGCACUCAGUUACCAGCAGUAUUCUGGGUCAUAAGCAAUAUUCUUUGUAGGACAAUCUCAGCCUGUAUAUUUAUUUAGACGCUCUUCUGCAAUAAAUCUCAAUCACAACUUCGGCUGUUUAUAAGGUGCAAGAAGAGCGAAGCAUGUCGAGGCUGCAGCUCAAAGAGGGCAAAGAGUCAAAUAUGUAAUAUUACUGUAAGAUAGGCCUCAAGCAAGCAGUGGACUCCCGCUCACACACACACACAGACACACACACACACACACACACACACACACACACACACACACACACACACACACACACUGUGGGCGGAGGGUAUGGUGGGAUUGUAUGUCCUAAAACGUCUAAUUACUUUACAGCCGUC